AUGGAACAACGUAUUAAGAAAGCCAAUAUAAAUUAUUAUGAUCGUAACGAAUUUGUUAACAUAGAAGAGAUAGGUGAAUUAUACAAAGCGAAUUGGAAAAAGGAUGGAAAACUUGUAACAUUAAAGUCAUUUAAAUUAGAUGACGAUAAUGUCAGGGAAAUUGCACAUGAGAUAAAACUACGUGCGAAUAAUGAUAUCAAUGACGUAAUGAUGGAAUUAUAUGGAAUAACCAAGAAUAGUUCAGAUAAUUAUUUAUUGGUAGUAGAAUAUGCGGAAGGAGGCACACUUCGUAAUUAUUUGGAAAAGAAUUUUCUUUCGUUAAAAUGGAGAGACAAAUAUGAAUUAGUCAUUCAAUUAUCAGGAGCAAUAGAAUUUUUGCACGAGGGGGGAAUCGUACAUAAAGAUUUACAUUCAGGCAGUAUACUUGUACAUCAAAAUUCCAUUAAGUUGGCAGAUUCUGGAUUAAAUAAACGUAUUAAAGAUUCUAGUCAAGCUUGGUUAGAUACAAUUCCUUAUACUGAUCCACGAAGAUUUGAUAUUGAAGAAAUGUCUUCGGGUGCAUUUGAGUUAAACGAGAAAAGCGACGUUUACAGCGUUGGAGUAUUAUUAUGGGAAUUAUCUAGUGGGAAAAAACCUUUUUCUGAUAAAGAAUAUAAUUUAUUUUUGGCAAGAGAAAUUACGCAAGGAUUAAGAGAAGCCAUGGUAGAUGGUACGCCCAAUGAUUAUUAUACUCUUUAUGAAAGAUGCUGGAAUGGUGAUCCAGAUAAGAGACCGACUAUUCGGAAAGUUAUUACAGCUUUAAAAUUGAUGAUAUCAUCGCUAGAUCCGGAAUAUUCGGAGUCAUCAUUAUCUAAACAAAAGCAAAUAAUUCAACAAUUUAAUUUGAAUCAUGGAUUAUUCUUGAAUGGGUACAACAUAGAACCAAGUAAACAAGCUGUAUUUACUGAAGAUGGUGAAUUAAAUAUGAGUUUAUAUGAGGGUCAACCUUUAGUGUAUACUUCCAUAAACGAUCGUAACUCACGUAUAAAUUUAUUAGAUUUUAAUUCAGAUGAUAAUGACGUUCAACUUGACGAAUCUCUACAACCAUCGGAUAUAUGUAUUAAUUUUCCUGUUGCCGAAAUUACUUAUACUGCCGAUUUAUCAAAGACGUUUUCAAAUUUUAUAAAUGACGAUAGAGGAAAGUUGUACGAAAUGUAUGGUCAUCAUUUUCCAAGAAAGAUUUUCAUUGGUGGAAAAUUAUUUAUCGAUGGCCUUAAAUCGUUUACUUCAACACAAAUCGACAUUUUUAUCACUUACUUAACUUGGAUAUAUAAUACAGCAAAAUAUGAAAAAGAAAUUCCUUUUAAUAAUUUAUCCGCUUUGAAUUUCUUUCCAAAAAUAUUGACGCCGGAUGGAAUAAAUUUGGAUAAUCAUAAAAAAUUAACCAAAUGGAUGAAUGAUUUAUAUCAAGAUGAUACGGUUGAAAUAAUUUCUUAUAACAAUCUCGUUCCAAUUUAUCAAUUAAAAUCCGAUACAAUAUCAUUAGUAGACGAGAUACAACCUGGAGUUGCUAAUUUUAAAGAGAAAUUGACUUUAGAAAAUUGGGUUAAAAAUACAAAAUAUAUAAGAUGGGUUAAAGAAUUUCAACUUCAUCGAGGUUUAAUAAUUGAUAAAAAGCUUAAAUUAAAAAUUAGCAAGGAAAAUGCUAUUGAUUUAAUUAAUAUUCCUAAUGUAAAUUCAAGUAAUAAAUUUUGUUUAAGUAUAGUUAAACCGACAACUACCUUAGAUGAUAUGUUAAUAGAUAACAACGUUUUUUCAGAUAAUGAAGAUAUAAGCUCCUUUCCGUUUAUUAAAGUAUCAGAUGAUCUAAGUCAUGAGGAUUAUGCACAUUUUCUGGUAAAAUGUGAGCAAUAUAAAGUUUUGUUAAAUAGGGAUAACAUUAAACCUUCAGAGAAAUUUAAACUAAUUAUAGAAAGAGCGCUUGAAAAUAUGAAACCACAUAUAUUUUUACAAGAAAUUUUUGAAAACUAUGGACAUUUUAUUCCAUUAAGCAUUAUAUUAGGAAAAUCUCUUAAGAAUACCAUAGAAAAUUCAUCUUACAUUUCAAAAAGGAUUGAUUUAGAAUCACCAGUAUUCGAAUCUUUAAAAUCACAUUUAGCAGAUUUCAGUAUUCCGUGUCUUUUAACGCAAAAAGGAGAUAUUAUUGAAAAAAAUGGUUUAUCUGAAUGGAUUCAAAAUAUAAAUAAUGACUUAGAAAUUAUUGAAUUUAAUAAUAUAAUUCCUUUAUAUGAUAUUCUUGAAGUAGAGCAAAAGAAGGAAAUAGAUAUAAUUUUAAAUAAGCGAAAUAAUUUUAGAAUUAUAAUGACCGGAAGUAUUGAUUUAAAGUAUUCGGAUAUUACCAAGCAAUUGAUUGUAGGUAUAAGACCACCAGUAGAAAAGAAAAAUUACGAGAUUUUUGGAUCAAUCGUUUCAAAAAAUAAUUCAAAGUUAAAAGAUAUAUUUGUUACAUUUGGAUCAUAUGAAAUUGAUCAAUUUACUGCUACGAUAAGAACUUCAAAGAAAAUAAAUAUAAAGGAUUAUUAUAUCUUAUGGAUGAUGAUUGGAAAUCCUUCAGAAUUAUCAGUAUUUGGUCCAAAUAAUCGAGAAAUACAAGUUGAAUAUGUCAAGCAAUCCAUUAAAUUACAACGCAACAAUUCUUAUUCUAUUACAACACACCAGUUAUCGCAAGGAUAUGAUAUCUCUAUUAAAUGUUUUAAACCUAUAGAAAUUAAAUUUGCUGGGUGGUCAAAAAAUUGUGUUCAUUUAAAUAUUUCAAACCCUAAAUCUAUUAAAUCUGAUAUAGAAAAUGUUGAAAUAGCUAUUUGUGUUUUAAAUUCAGGUCAUGAAAAAUCAUGGAUUGAUAUUAACGCAAAGAAGUAUUCAAUUGGAUGUAUUUUAACUGAAAAUAAUUAUUUGGAUAUUGUAUCAAACGCACAAAAAUAUUUAAAAACGACUUAUCCAACAAAAAAUGAAAGAGAAAAGGAAACAAUGUUAGUUAUUAGUAAGAAAAAUUUAGAAAAUCAUUUAGAUUUAUCAGAGUUUGUUAAUUUAGAGAAAUUAAACUGUUCUGGAAAUGAUUUAACUAGUUUAGAUAUUAGUAAAAAUAAACAUUUAACUGAGAUUGAUUGUUCUCAAAACAAAAUAAUUAGUUUGGAUUUAAGUAAUUGUUUAUAUAUUAAAUCUAUCACAGCUAAUUGUAAUCAACUUAUUGAUAUAAGACUACCUAUUGUAAAUAGUGAAAAAUUAGAAUAUCUAAAUUUGCUCGAUAAUUCAUUUUCUCAAAAUUUAAAUUAUUUCAGUCGAUUUGUUAAUUUAAAGGAAUUACUUAUUGGAAGCAUUGAUGGAGAUAGAAUACAGCAAGGCAAAUUUAACAAGUUUUAUGGUAGUAUGAAACCUUUAAAAAGUAUGAUUAAAUUAAAGAGUUUAAGUAUUAAUAAUACUGAUAUAGAUUCUGGUUUGGAGUUCUUACCUGAUUGUAUUACAAAUUUUCGAUGCUUAGCUGAUAAGAGAUCAGAAGCUAAAGUGAAAAAAAUAUAUGAUCAACUUGGGAUUUAUACAUUGAAUUCUGUUGAUGCCUUUCAAGGUAGAUAUAAUUUGAAAGCAUGGAAAGAAAAUUGGAAAACAGUUAAAGAAAAAGAAGCUCUCCUAAAUCAAAUUAAACAGAUUGAAGAGCUAACGUCAAGUGAUAAACUUAAUGAACUUGAAAAAGAAGAAAGUAACUUGAUUGCAAAAGAAGUGGAGUUAGUAGAAAAAAAUAAUCAUUUGGAAGUAGAAAUAAAAAAUUUGGAGCAAGUAACAAAUAAUUUGAAACAAUUGGUCAAUGAAUUAAAUGCAAAAUUAGAACAAAAAGAAGUUGCUUACCAACAAACUAAGGAGCAAUUAGAAGAAAAAGAGGAGAAACUAAAAUCCUUUACUGGAGAGAAGCUAGAAAAUUUUACUACCGAAAAAUUAAUGGAAAAAGAAGAAUUGAAUAAAGAAAUAGGGAACUUAAAAAAAAUGUUAUUAGAUAAAGAGAAAGAUGUAGAACAAUCGGAAAAACAACUGGAAGAAAUCAAUACGGAGCUAGAAACGAAAGAAAAAGAAUCUGACAACUUGAAAAAUGAAUUAGAUAACAUUAAAUCAUCAUUAACUGAAAUUCAAAAUAAAAAAGCGGAAUUAAGCAAACUCAAAAAGAAAUUAGAACACGAAAAAAAAUUUUCUAAAACUGGUACAUCUGGACUUAGAAAGCAAAUGGAUGACUUGAAAAAAGAAUUGCAGUCGUUAAAAAAUCAAGAAAUAAAAGCUAAGGAAUUAAAAAAUGAACUUGAAGAGAUCAGAAGAAACAAGAAUAGACUUCAAAAUGAGAAAGCUCAACAACAGGACAUUGUAGAAGACCUUCAGAAAGAACAGACAAAUUUACAAGAAAAUCUUAAAAACCUUAAUAACAAAUUAAAAGAGAAAGAAGGUCUUAUUAAUAAGCUUGAGCAACAAAAAGAGCAACAAAUUAAAGAUUUACAAAACAAGUUGGAGGAUUGUUUGGAUAAAUUAAAAAAUAAAGAGGAACUUAUUGAGGAAUUACAAAAUAAAUUUGAUGAAGAAAUCAGAAAACAUCAGGAGAAUCUGUCUUUCCUUAAUAGCAAAUUAAAAAAUAAGGAGAAACUUAUUGAGGAAUUACAAAAUAAAUUGGAUGAGGAAACCAAAAAAUAUCAUAUUUCUCAAGAGGAUCUCGCUUCCCUUAAUAACAAACUAAAAAAUAAGGAGAAAUUUAUUGAAGAAUUACAAAGUAAAUUGGAUGAGGAAACCAAAAAAUAUCAAAUUUCUCAAGAGAAUCUUGCUUCCCUUAAUAACGAAUUGAAAAAUAAAGAGGAAAUAAUUGAAGAAUUACAAAAUAAUUUGAAUGAAGAAACCAGAAAAUAUCAAAUUUCCCAAGAGAAUCUUGCUUCUCUUAAUGACGAAUUGAAAAAUAAAGGGGAAAUUAUUGAAGAAUUACAAAAUAAUUUGAAUGAAGAAAUUAGAAAAUAUCAAAUUUCCCAAGAGAAUCUUUCUUCCCUUAAUAACGAAUUGAAAAAUAAAGAGGAAAUUAUUGAAGAAUUACAAAAUAAAUUGGACGAAGAAACCAAAAAAUAUCAGGAGAACCUCGCUUCCCUUAAUAGUAAAUUAAAAAAUAAAGAAAAACUUAUUGAGGAAUUACAAAAUAAUUUGAAUGAAGAAACCAAAAAAUAUCAAAUUUCCCAAGAGAACCUUAUUUCCCUUAACAACGAACUAGAAAAUAGAGAGGAGCUUAUUGAGAAAUUACAAAGUAAUUUGGAUGAAGAAACCAGGAAAUAUCAAGUUUCUCAGGAGAAUAUUACUUCCCUCAAUAAUCAAUUAAAAAAUAAGGAAGGUCUCAUUAAUGAACUUCAACAACAAGGUGAAGUGAUAAAAAAUCGAAUAAGAGAGACCAAUAUUUUGCUUCCUCAAAUACAGACUAAAAAUACCAAACUGAAAGAAUUAAUUGAUACUGUUAAAAAAAAAGAUCUUGGUAAAAAAGGCAAGCUUUUAAUAGAUAAUAUGUUGGAAAAACACAAAAAUUUUAUAUUAGGUGAUAAUGAUUCUGCUUCUAAAGAAUUAGAAAAAAUUAAUCAGAAAUUAAUCGAAGAUUAUGAAUUAACUAAUAAAGAAAUUAAUGAAAUUUUAAAUACGCAUGAAGAAGUAAUUAGAUUUGAUAUACAACUCACGUCCUUGCUAAAUCCGGAAAGUGAGUAA